AUGGGGAAUAUGGGCGUCGAUGCUCUGCCUCAUGCUGUCAACGCACUUCUCUUGACAAGCAUUUACUCAGCUAGCGACUGCUACAUGUUCACCGCUAUACGGAGCCUGUACGCACUUGCUCAAGGUGGUCAUGCGCCGAAGAUCCUCUUAAAGACGAUGAAGAACGGUGUGCCCAUCUACUGUUUCGCAGUCUCGAUCGGAUUCUCAUGCCUGGCAUACCUAAAGCUCAGCUCUAGCACGGUCACGGUGCUGAACAGGUUCAUCAACCUGGCUACCGGUGGACAACUGGUGACAUACAUCGCCUGCUGUGUCAACUAUCUGUUUUUCUACAGGGCACUAAAAGCACAAAAUUACAAUCGCAAGGACCUCCCAUACUGUGGUUGCUUUCAACCAUAUGGUACCUGGAUUGCGCUCAUCUGGCUUGGCCUAAUCGAGAUCUUUUGGGGCUAUGCUGUGUUCUUGCCAGGCAGUUGGGAUGUUGGAACAUUCUUCAGCAAGUACGGCAUGAUUCUGCUUUCGAUUGCAACCUUCAGUGGCUGGAAGUUGUUUAAAAGCACAAGCUUCGUCAAUCCUUACGAGGCGGACUUAAUCUGGGCUCGCCCAGCUGUCGACCUGCAUGAAAGAUUGAUGGCUGAGAUUCCAGUCCAUGGGUUCAGAAGAUCAUUGAUGGAGGUUUUCAGCGCCAGAUUUGGAGAGAAGACUCCUGCUGUGGGUUCAAUGGCUUGA